AUGGCUGAUGUCGGGCUGGAGGACAUCAACGCUAGCAUCCUCCAAAAAGCGCUUCACAUCCCAGCGACUGUAAAGACGCUCACCCAGUGCAAUUGGACACGACACCUGGUCCGACAACUGCUUGAUGCCCUCCGGGUGUUCAGAGAGCAGAGGUUCUUCAAGGAAAAGUGGCUUGUGCGGUUCAAGCGCCUUGGCCAAUUGCUUCGCCAUGGGCUUGUGCAAACGGCCAUGGAAGUCCAGCGCAGCAUCCAGACCCAACGCCUUGACAGCCUUCAGACGCUCGACGCUAGAAUCCAACGCUCGUGGGGAAUCCAGCCAGUUCACGUCCUCCGUGGCGUUCAUCUUGAUCGCUUUGAAUCCCUGUGCCAGGCGUGCUUUGCCGGCUGCUUCGACGUCGUCGGGUCGGUCACCGCCGAUCCAUGCGUAGACGGAGAGCUUAUUGCGGACCUUUCCCCCGAUGAGCUGGUGAAUUGGGACGCCGAGUUUGCGGCCCUUGAGAUCCCACAAGGCGAUGUCGAUACCGGAGAUGGCGGACAUGAAGACGGGGCCACCGCGGUAGAAGCCGAGACGCCAGGUCAUUUGCCAGAUGUGUUCGAUAUCACUGAUCUGUUAGCCCUUCUGCGUCGUAGUGCUGAGGGGAUUGAGGGGGGGAAUAUACUCGGCCUCGUAUCCCUGGAAACGCUUGCACAGCGCAUUGAGCGUUCCUUCGACGGCUUCUGUGUGCCCUUCGAGGGUGCUUUCACCCCAGCCGUGGUUUCCAUCUUCAUCUACUACUUUGACGAAAAGCCAUCUGGGAAGGACUCGGAAAUACUCGAUGGUCUUGAUCUUGGCCAUGGUGAUUGCGGGGAAGUUGGAGAAGAUAACGUGGGGAAAUUAAUCGUUGAACAGCACUACAGGACUGAACGAAAGGCUCAAACUUCGGAUUUUGUAUUUUACUUUGAGGAAGAGAAAGAGAAGAAAAAAGAAAGAAAAUCUGAACAGAAAAGGGGAGGAAGGGUAUAA